UCAUUUUUUUUUUUUUUUUUGAAAAUGAAACUUUGGACUUUGAACAUCUUUCUGUCUUGGCUCUUGUUUUUAAACCUCACUUUAUUAUACGAAUGUGGAGCAACUCGCAGAACAGGGAGGUCUAAACGGGACUUGCUACGCCAGAGGGACGCUAGUCGGCCGUUCCAGGGGGCUUGUGGGACCAGGUUGCCCCGGGGCAAACGCUCCAUACCGGGGAUGGAUCGACGAUUGCCCCGCCAGCACCAUCGCUCCUCCCAACCGGAGGAGAGCACACUCAGCCGGGGAAAGGCUGUAUACUUUACCGGCAAAGGGGACCAGCUGCGGCUAAAGCCGGGCACGGAGAUACCCAAAGGAAAAUUCACUUUGGAAAUGUGGAUCAAACCCGAAGGGGGACAGAAAUCCCCGGCGGUGAUUGCAGGACUGUAUGAUAAAUGCUGCUUUACAUCCAGUGACCGAGGAUGGCUUCUUGGAAUCCAGGCAGUCAGUGACCAAGGCAACAAGGAUCCUCGCUUCUUUUUCUCUCUAAAAACGGAUCGAGCCAGAAAAGUGACCACCAUCACUUCUCAUCAUGAAUACCAGGCCAGUCAGUGGACCCAUCUUGCAGUUACUUACAAUGGAUUUCAGAUGAAGCUCUACGUGAACGGUGCCCAGGUGGCCGUAAGUCAAGAACAAAUUGGGGAUAUAUUCAGUCCUUUAACUAGGAAAUGCAAAGUACUUAUGAUUGGUGGGAGUGCUUUAAAUCAAAACUACAGGGGUUACUUAGAGCAACUGAAAUUGUGGAAGGAUGCCCGGACUCAGAAAGAAAUCAUGCGGGAUAUGAGGAACUACAAACAUGAAAAGAUGAUUCAUCUACCUCAGCUUGUUCUUCAAGAAAAUUUCCAAAUGAUGGAAAACAAAUGGGCAGUGAUGAAAGAUGGGGUCAGUCCACGAGUAGAGUUCAGUCACUUUCAUGAUUUGACACUAGACACUACUUUGGAACCUCCUCUAUGCGGGCAGACCAUCUGUGACAAUGUAGAAGUCAUCUCUAGUUACAACAAAUUCUGGACAUUUCGCAAAGACAAGGUCGUCCAGUAUCGUGUUGUGAAUGUGUACGACGACCAUCACCGCAACCCAACAGUCACACAGCAGCAGAUACAGCUGCAGCACCAGCACCUUAACAAUGCCUUCAGCAAGUACAACAUUACCUGGAAGCUUAAUGUGGUGGAUAUAAAUAACUCCUCCUUGAGGAAUCGACUGGUUUUAGCCAACUGCGAUAUCGCCAAAAUUGGAGAUGAGAAUUGUGACCCUGAUUGCAACCACACUCUGACAGGAUAUGAUGGUGGAGACUGUAAAAAGAUCACUUUCAUGCGCUACUCCAAGAAGACCGGCAAUGGUGUAUGCGAUAUGGAAUGCAACGUCGAAUUUCAUGAUUAUGAUGGAGGAGACUGCUGCAAUCCCACGAUUACAGAUGUCACCAAGACCUGCUUUGACCCCAAAUCUGAGCUCAGGGCAUACCUGGACGUCAAGGAGCUCAAGACGGUUCUAAAACUGGACGGCUCGACUCAUUUGAAUAUUUUCUUUGCCAACUCCUCUGAUGAAGAUCUAGCAGGGGUUGCAACCUUUCCCUGGGAUAAAGAAGCACUAACACAGUUAGGUGGAAUUGUGCUAAAUCCUUCGUUUUAUGGGACUUUCGGACAUACCCAUACGAUGAUCCAUGAAAUUGGCCACAGCCUGGGAUUGUAUCACGUCUUCAGAGGCAUCUCUGAGAUUGAGACCUGCAACGACCCCUGCCUGGAAACAGAGCCAUCAAUGGAAACGGGUGACCUGUGUGCCGACACCAACCCAACUCCAAAACAUAAACACUGUAGGGAUCCGGAACCAGGAAAUGACACUUGUGGGAAUGGUCACUUUGUCAGUACACCCUUCACUAACUUCAUGAGUUACGCAGAUGAUGACUGCACUGAUUCGUUCACGCUCAAUCAAGUUGCGAGAAUGCACUGUUACCUGGACCUUAUCUACCAGUCUUGGCAGCAGUCCAGCAAACCAGCACCCAUCGUUGUCGCUCCUCAAGUAGUGGACCAGACUCCAGACUCCCUGACGCUUGAAUGGUUUCCGCCAAUUGAUGGAAUUUUUUACAACAGAGAAGUGGGACCAGCAUGUGACAAAUGUGUUGAAGGGGAGGUUUUGCUCCAGUAUGCCUACAAAGCUUCAUCGCCAAGGCCUUGUGGUCCCAGUGGUCAUUGGAGUCCCCGUGAAGCUGAAGGCCCCCCUGAUGUGGAGCAAGUCUGUGAGACCAGCGUUCGGACAUGGAGCCCAGACGCUGGUGUGGAUCAGCAGACCGUGGCCCCUGCCUGCCCUGAGCCCCAAGGCUGCAUGCUGGAGCUGGAGUUCCGCUACCCUUUAGUCCCAGAUUCCUUGACCCUGUGGGUGACCUAUUUUUCUCUAGAGAUGGGCGCAAUGGGAACAAUUCAUAACAUUGAAGUUUUGACUGUGAGUGGCAACAAUGUGUCCCUUGGCCCCCAGAACAUCUUCUGUGAGGUCCCUCUGACAGUGAAGCUCUUGGUCUCUGAGAAGGUUUACGGCAUUAAAGUUUUUACGAUGGACGAAGGGUUGGAAAUCGAUGCUGCCCUCCUUACGUCACUACCCAACACCCCCCUCUGUUCUCAGUGCAGGCCAAUCCAGUACACUGUGGUGCGUAAUCCACCAUUUUCAAGUGGGCCGACUGUUACCAUCUCAGAUCUCAGCCGACGAUACAUCGAUAGAGAGGUAGAACCCGGCUCACGGAACACAUAUGAAGUGUUUACUACAGUGAACUCCGUGAAUAGUGAGCCUUCUCCAAAACUCUUACAUCAGCAUGGAUCAGCUUACUGUGGAGAUGGACACAUUCAAAGGUUCCUAGGAGAAGAGUGCGAUGACCUAAACAAAGUCAAUGGAGAUGGAUGCACCAGUCACUGUCGGAAAGAGCCAUUUUACAAUUGUGUUGGUGAGCCCAGCUUGUGUUACAUCUACGAAGGGGACGGGAUAUGUGAGGACUUUGAAAGAAGAACAAGUGUUCGAGACUGUGGACUCUACACCCCGAUAGGUUUUCAUGAUCAGUGGGCAUUUGAUGCUGUGGCUUCCCAUCAAGACAAAGUGAAUUGUCCUGUGCAAGUUGUAAUUGGACAACCGCUUGCCACCAAGGUUUGCCAGAGCAAAGUCUUUGAGCUGACGGAGAGAGUUUCUCAGUACUCCUGGUUCCCUUGCCCAGAGGCGCUUCAGCAGCAGUCCUCAAUGGUCUCCCAGUUCUGGAUGAAGGCAUUUUUUAGCCAGCCAAUGGUGGCUGCCGCAGUGAUCAUUCACUUGUCUGCUGAUGGAACCAGCUUUAUGGACCAGACUCAGAAGACUAUGACCGUUAAGUUGAUUGAUACCAAGGAUCAAGUACACGAUUUGGAUAUUCAAUUUUUGAGCUGCAGGAACAAUCCUCUUAUUAUUCCAGUUGUUCAUGAUCUCAGUCUGCCUUUCUAUCGCACCAAAGCCAUUUUGAUCUUCUUCAGCUCCCAGUAUGUGGCAAUCUCUGGUGUGGCACUUCGCUCUUUCCAGAAUUUUGAUCCUAUAACCAUCAAUGGCUGUCAGAGCAAUGAGAUCUACAGCCCCAUGGAGAAGAGUUGUGUUCACUACUCUUGUGAGACUUUAGACUGCAUGGAGCCUCUUAUCAAGAACGCAGUAGUCAACUGCAGUCAGGAAGGCAUCUUCUGCACUGUGAUCUGCAAUGUGGGACAUGUGCUCCAGAUCCAAUGGGACGAGGACAUCACUUCAAGACAGCUGGGAUCAGCCAUCACCAUGACCUGCGUAGAUGGAAAAUGGGACAAAAUGGUCACCUGCAAACCUGUGGAUUGUGGCAUUCCAGAUAAAUAUCAUGUCUACCCUGCAACAUUUCACUGCCCAGAAGGAACAACUUAUGGCAAGGUGUGCGAAUUCCACUGCAAGGAGCCUGCCAAGCUUCGAGGCACCAAUAAGACCCUUGUGUGCAAAGAGGACGGACUUUGGUCAUUUCCUGAGGCCCUUUGUGAGCUCAUGUGCUCUGCUCCACUGAUGGUUUCAAACGCAACCCUUCAAACUUCACGGUGUCGCGGUGGCGUCCACAAGGUCGGCGUUUUCUGCAAGUACAAGUGCAAGCCCGGCUACCACGUGAAAGGUCUCUCCAAAAAGAUCAAGAGAGCCUUUAAAAUCCAAUGUACUGAAGAUGGGACGUGGCAGACCGGUGACUGCGUGCCUGUGACCUGUGACCCUCCUCCCGACAUGUUCCACGGAAUGUAUCAAUGUACCAAGGAAUUUUAUUUCGAUAGCGUCUGCCGGAUAAACUGUGAUAAACAAGGAAAUCGAACUGGUCCGAAUAAUGAGAUCCGGUGCAGGAAGGAUGGUAACUGGACUGGUUCCUUCCAUGUCUGCAAGAAUAUAAAAGAAAAGUGUUUAUCGCCACACGACUUGAACAGAAACAUCAAACUUGAGUGCAACGAGGGAUAUGGCAUUGGGGCCAGGUGUACACCAACCUGCAUUUAUAACAACAGCAGUCCAGUGAGGCUUCUUAGUAACAUCACUGUCAUCGAGUACUGGAUGAAUCCACCGACUGUGCCGAGCAUUGUCUGCACAAUGGGACUCAAGUGGUAUCCUCAUCCAGAAGAGAUUCAGUGCAUCAAAGGUUGUGAGCCUUUCAGUGGUGACAACUACUGUGAUGCGGUGAACAAUCGAGCGUUCUGUAAGUACGAUGGUGGAGAUUGCUGUGCAUCAACAGUAAAAACUAAAAAGGUUAUUCCCUUCCCCAUGUCCUGCGACCUCCAUGGAGACUGCGCAUGUCGAGAUCCAGUUGCCCAGGAGAACAAGCGUCAUUCUCAUGGCUGAGGCAAAUCAGAAGGACGGCCGAAUUGGUCAAAGGCAGACUGGGAGAGCCAUACAUUCCCUUUUUACAUGCUGCUUACUGGAAACCCUCUACAUUCAUCAUGAAUCUCACCCUCAGAUUUGAAAUGGUCUGCCUUUCUUUUCAUCAUCGGGGGGAAAAAAAAGAAAAAAGACUAAAGUGGGUAUAAACAUAAGAAAUUGAGAAACUCAAACUAACAACAGUGAAUGGAAUGAAUCCAAGAUAAAUCAGGCUAGCAUGCUGUUUGCUUAGUUUUGUUCCCGCUUUAGUAGCCAUUUGCUCUAAUCUCAUAUUUGGCAAGACAACCUCAAAAAAAAAGAAAAAAGACAACAGCAUUUGUUUUUCCGUGUCAACGCAAAGACUGUUCUCCUCAGUACGCAGAUUUUCAGUUGGUUGAGAAAGUACUAAUGAUGAAAGGGUGGAAGAACACAACAGCUUACAGCCAGGCUAAACGGGUUUCAACUUCUUCAUCCAAAUGCAAUAUCUGCAGAGGAGUUCUACUCUUAGGAAGGGAUUGUAUCAGAAGUGGAAAAGGAGUCUAUAAAGAGAGUUUAAGGUUUUGGAGUGAAUACUGAUGAAGAACAAUUAGUGACAAAGCAGAAAAUCAGUUUUUUCUUUCAACGUAUUUUCUUUGUUAUCUGAGUUGAUGAACCGGUGGAAUACGUUCUGCUCCUGUUUCUGUCAAAGAGUUAUGGCCCAAUGUAAAGGUAAAAGAAGCCAAGAUACGGUUCAUGACCAGACAUUAACUUGAUCUCUCCAUUCCACCUUUCCAGAAAGUCAUAGAGACGACCUUUAGAUUAACGGUGUUUCGGUUUAUAUGAUCAGGAAAAAAGUAAGUAGGAUGAUUGUUUAGAAAAGCAUGUUGCCUGGUACUGUAGCAUUGGCUCAAAAGACACAAAAGACAAGAUCGUUUUGGACUGCUAGGCUAGGAUGCCAUUCCUGCUGCUGUUCCUUAUUACAAACGUUUUAACAUUUUCAUAGCAGCUUAGGAGAGAAAAUAAAAAGAAAAAUCAAAGAGGUUACGAGAGACCUCUAGCCUUCAUUGUGCAUUUUCUUUUCAUUUUUCUGGCAGGUAGGAAAAAAAACAAAAAACAAAAACCAAAACAAACAAACAAACAAACAAAAAAAAAAAGUGCUGAGCUUGACUUCAUUCACGUACUGAUCAUCAGUCCAGAUCACUGGCUUUAGGUUAGAGGAUGGUGUGCAGUAAUCAUGUGAGAGACAAAUCAAAUUUGGUCAUUUUUAACAUUAGAAGCACCGCUUGGACAAGUAAAAAUAACACCUUUUUAUAGUAAUUCCAAAAAAAAAA